GCCGGAGAACCGAGGAGAGAAAAAACCCCGGCGAAAAUGGGAAUUUGAAUUCGUCUUCUGUUGAUCAUCGCUUCACUUCUGCUUCCAGAGCUUUUACUCAGAAGAAGCUCGAUGAUCUCAAAUCUCUCUUUGUUUCCCUCGCUUCCAAGUCUCACAGCAAUGACCAAUACGUCUCGUACCCUGUUUUCCAGGUCUGAUUUAGAGUCGUUCCUGGAUAUCAAGUCCUGCAUCUGCUAUAUGAAGAUAGUGUGAGUUGAGAUAGGCUACUAUUAAAGAAGGAAUACGCUUGGCAUAUUGGAGGAGCUCUUCCUCACCACGAGCUUGUAGAGUGGAAGCUGUUGUAUCACAGUUCCUUACACGGUCAAAGCUUCAACACAUUUCUCGGACACACAUCGUGAGUGUUUCUCAACUGUAAGAAUUGAUUUCAGAGUUUGUUUGAUCAUGGAACGAUGGUCCGGCGUUUUGAAGAUUCCGUUGGAUGCUACUACUAGCAACUACUACAGGGUUGCAGCAUCUCUUUGCCUUUCUUCUUCCAAAACUCUAACUGUGCCUUCUGCAAAUGCAAUAUUCUUUCAUGGUGACAAAGUUCAAGACACUGGGAAUCAUGUGAUUGAGAGGCUCUAUGAUCUGCAGAAAGUAGCUGAAAUCAUUGUUUCUAAAUUUGGCAACUCUGUUAAUGCUUGGGUUGUUGAAGCUUCUGUCUUUAAUGGACCAUUUGCUAUCUACAAAGACUUUGUUCCAUCAGUGAAUCACAUGGGAGCACCAAAAUCUUAUUCCCCAGUUGGCUUCCCAGCUUCUUCAUCAAUUGUCUCCCUCUUAUCUAGUUGCCUCCAUGAGGUAUUGAAGGAAGGCACUGAUGUGUGUUUGAUAGACCAGAUUGCAUCAGUUCAUCACUGUCCCAAAACUAUUGUGCUUGGAUUUAGCAAGGGUGGAGUUGUGAUGAACCAGCUCAUGAGUGAGAUCAGUUCCUUGGAUACCAACUUUGCGAAAACUUCAUCUGCAAUGGUAGAAGAAUCUACCAGCCAGCAUGAAAAGAUUCAGAUCAUUCCAGCCUCCAAAGAAAGCUUCCUCAACAGCAUUUCUGAAGUUCAUUAUAUAGAUGUAGGACUGAACUCUUCUGGUGCCUACAUUACUGAUCACAAUGUCGUGCAGAGAAUCUCCCAACGCCUUGCACGAGGUGCAGACUCGCUACGCAUUGUCAUUCAUGGAACUCCUAGGCAGUGGUGUGAUGAGCUGCGAGGCUGGAUUCGCAAGGAAAAAGAUGAGUUGGUUCGUUUGCUCAAAGCUGAAACUGAGAAUUCCGGUGGGAAACUACAGGUCUGUGAAAGGUUCUAUUUUUCUGAUAGACUUGCUGAUUUGCAAAUGCACUUUGAGAUAAUUGAUGCUAUGGAUGUCUCCUAACCAUUCGCAUGAUAAAAGACACAUAAUAAUACAUUGCAAAAUGAUAGCAACUUAAA